AGAAAAUUUCCUCAAUUAUCACGUGUUUCAAAUGUUUUCAUGCCGCCAAUUUCACUCCCUCCGAUGAUUUCAGUAUUUGACGCUUCAACGAGUUCUCGUUCUUUAUAAAGGAACGCAAGACAUUUGUUUUCUUCGUGCUUCAAAACUGAAUUCAUCGUACACUGUUCUACCAAACAUGAAUUGGGUUCGCGGCGACUCACUCGGCAGUGGAACCUUCGCCACCGUCAACAUCGCCGUGCCGGCAAACUGUUCCACUCGCUUCCCUUCUCCCGCCGCCGUCAAAUCCUCUGAUUCCCUCAACGCGGGUUCGCUCGAACACGAAAAGGAGAUACUCGAUCGCCUUGGCUCUUCCCCUUACAUCAUCAACUGUUUCGGCCACGAUCGCACCGUCGAGAACGGCGAGGAGUUCUACAACGUCUUCCUCGAACACGCCGCCGGAGGGUCCCUCGCCGACCAGGUCAAGAAACACGGCGGAAGCCUCCCAGAGCCUUUAGUGCGGCGAUGCGCUAGGUCCAUCGUGGAAGGACUCAAACAUAUUCACCACCACGGUUUCGUUCACUGCGACGUGAAGCUCCAGAACGUUCUCGUUUUCGACAACGGCGAGGUGAAAAUCGCGGACUUCGGGCUCGCCAAGGAGAAGGGGGAGAAACAGGGGAAGUGCGAGUUCAGGGGAACGCCGUUGUUUAUGUCGCCGGAAUCGGUGAACGACAAUGAGUACGAGCCGCCGGCGGAUAUCUGGGCCCUGGGAUGUGCCGUCGUGGAGAUGGUGACCGGAAAACCCGCGUGGGACGUUAGCAACGGGUCGAGUAUUUGGUCAUUGUUGAUUCGGAUUGGUAUGGGAGAAGAAUUGCCAAAGAUUCCAGAAGAAUUGUCGCAAGAGGGAAAGGACUUUUUGGAAAAGUGCUUUGUUAAGGAUCCCAAGAACAGGUGGAGCGCUGAGAUGCUUCUGAAGCACCCUUUCAUCAAAGUUGACUCAUUUUCAUUCGAGAAAGUUCAUGAGCCAUUGCCGUCACCGGCGCCGUCACCAAGGACCCAUUUCGAUUUUCCUGACUGGACUUCCACCGCAACGGCUUCGCUCCCGUCUUCCGUGGAUUCCGACGAGCGGCCCGGAUGGUCGUGUUCUCCGGAGAGUCGUCUCCGGCGGCUUGUCACCGAUAAGAGACCGGAGAAUUGGUCAGAAUCGGAUGGCUGGAUCAGUGUUAGGUGAAGUUCUUGGAAGUGUUGCUGGUUCUGUGUUUACAAACAAAAACCAUCACAUUCGUUCAUUCUUUUUAAUUCAUUAGUUUGUGAAUUAAGCAGGCACAUGAUACCAUUACUUUCGUCACCUUUGGCAAAAUGUACAUAUAUAAUUUUGUUCUGAACUCCUUCAAGUCGAUUUUGGAUCGUUAUGAAUGAUACAUUUUUCAUUAGAUGAUAA